GUAGUAUGUUUUCUCCUGGAAAGGCAUCAAUUAUAACAGAUCCAAAUAGAGUUAAAGAGAAAUGUUUAAAACACAACUUAAAAGUAUUGAUACUAAUAGAAUAGGCUAGAUUUAGUUACAAUACAUAAUAAUUAUGUGAAAUAUGUGCUAUUGAGUGUGCAUAUGAUCAUUAACCAUUAUAGCAUAUUAAGAGUGGAAUGAUUUUAUAACCAUUUUAAGAAUUAAAGAGUGGAGUGACUAAAAAUGAAUUUGUAUAAUUAAAUGAAAAAGUAAAGGAAUUAAAAAAUUGUAAAUAAAAGUAAAGCAUUUUAAUGCAAUUUACAAAUUAAUUGGAAUCAGUUUAAGUUAAAGUUCAAUCACUAUUUGAAUAGAUUAAUGUAAUUAAUACAUAUGGAAUAGCAAUAUUUUAAGAAUAAUAAAUUAAAUAAAUUUGCAAAAAACUAGAGUAUAGAUUAUUAGAAUUAACACGUAAUAGAAAAUCAGUUUCAACUUACAAUUAUCAAUAACUUUAAAUAAAAUUAAAUAAUUAUUAAGAUGAUAUAUAAUUAAUGAAAAAAGAUAUUGAAGAUAAUUUAGAUAGUAUUAUUAAUAGAAUGGAUAUUACUCCAUUAAAUGAAAUAAUACAAAAAUAUCAAAUGAAAUUAGAUUUUUACUUAAGUGAAUGCAAUUAGACAAAAUAAUUAUAAUAAUAAAUAUUGAAUAUGUUUUAUAUAGAAUUAUAGAGAUUGAGUAAAUAAUGA